AUGACACGUGAGCUUGACAUUAAGGUGGUGUGCGUUGGGGCCGCGAACACGGGGAAGACGACGUUCCUUCGCUACUGGGAAACUGGAGAGUCCCCACUGCACCUGUCCACAACGAUACAGAUGGAGUUUCACCGGCGGGAAAUGUGCAUCGUCGUACCAUCAGCGGCGUACUUCGAACAGCGGCAUCGACCUGCAGGGGCGUUGAACACGACGGUUGACGCGGCUCACAAGGAGUGUCAUGAGGACCAGCAAACGCAGCACAAGGAGGAUACGGUGGGGAGCCGCUGCGGCGACACGUGCAAAGGUAAUGUGCACAGUUGCGUGCAAUCACAUGGUGUGCAGCGGCAUCUUGCUUCAUCUACGGAGCAUAUCUCCACCGUCUCUGGUGUUAGGAGGUGCAGCGCCGGCAGUAGCGGUGGCAGGAGCUAUGCGUUUCUGCAGAACCCCUUUGGAAGCGAAUACGCCAUUGCGCCGCCCCAACUUCCACCGUUUUACGCGAUGGCUUCCGCAUGUGGCGGAACCACCAGCAGGUGUGGAUCUACUCUUACAGGCAACGAUGUACAACAGGAAGGAGAAGCCCAGUGGUCACUCCUAGACGUCCCUGCCAUCGUCAAGGUGUGGGACAUACAAGGGCAGGAGAGCACCAAAAGGAUGACGCGUGUCUUCUACACAGGCGCCAUCGCUGUGCUUAUAUUUUGUGAAAUGAGCAACGGAAUUGACACCCUAACCAGCGCCUUGUCGUGGAGGAGCGAUGUGGCGCAAAAGAUACACAUUUCCAAAGGAAAGCUGUCAAACACAUCAACGAAGGCGCCAUCGCCACAUGGAGGAGACUCGGCUGCCAGGGGCAAAAGGUCGUUGCAACAACUAAACGAGGAGACCGAGAACCCGCCAUGUUGGCUUGUGAUUAACAAGUACGAUCUCCUCGCGGGUUUAACAUCACCACCUACCUGGGCGUCUCACGCGGCACUCGACGAAUUGUGUGCACGUCAUGGUUUUGCAGGUUGGUCCUAUGCAGCUGGUCGAAGGGGUGUCAAUGUUGAGGCAGUGGUGCGGGCUGUCAUUGCUGCCGCGGUGGACCGCUUCCCGCAGCUCUUUUCCAGAGUAUGGGACAACAGCGGCGUUGGUGCUGACCCCAAUGACAGCGGCGGCGCCGGCACGGUGGUCCUGCGCACACGCAGGCGGCCGCAGCAACAUCAGAGAAACGGGUGCUGCAGCAAGUAG